AGAAUCUUAUCCAUCCAUCUCAGUCUAACGUAGUCUUUGAAUCCACGCCCACAAUAACAUUUUAACCAGCUCAACUCAACCAUGGAUUCAGGCAAGAUCCUUCCUUUAUAAAUACCAAUCCAAUCCACCAUGAAAAUUCCUAUCCCAUUCCUUUCGUUGUGAGAGUUUGACAGAUUCAGAAAUUCAGAAUGUUGGCUAUUUUUCACAAGGCGUUUGCUCAUCCGCCGGAAGAGCUUCACAGUCCUGCUUCGUAUAAAGGAUCUAAGAAGCCUAAGCUUCCUGAGGAGACUCUCAGAGAGUUUCUUUCUCGCCAUCCAGACAACACUUGCUCUAUGAGCUUUGGUGAGGCUGCCGUGCUUGCCUAUGUCCGUCCUGAGCGACCAUUUUCCAUUCAUCAGAGGUUGUUUUGCGGGCACGACGACAUAUACUGUCUCUUCCUGGGGAGCUUGAACAAUUUAAAUUUGCUGAAUAAGCAAUAUGGGUUGACAAAGGUGACCAGCGAGGCCAUGUUUGUGAUUGAAGCUUACAAGACUCUUAGAGACAGGGGACCUUACCCUGCAGAUCAAGUUGUGAAGGAUCUUGAUGGCAGCUUUGCCUUUGUUGUCUAUGACAGCAAGGUUGGAAGCGUUUUUGCCGCACUGGGGUCAGAUGGUGGAGUGAAGCUGUAUUGGGGAAUUGCAGCAGAUGGGUCCGUUGUUAUCUCUGAUGAUCUCGAAGUCAUAAAAGAGGGCUGUUCCAAAUCGUUUGCUCCCUUUCCAUCUGGGUGUAUGUUUCACAGUGAAGGAGGACUGAUGAGCUUUGAACAUCCAAUGAAUAAGGUAAAGGCGAUGCCAAGGAUUGACAGUGAAGGGGCCAUGUGUGGGGCCAACUUCAAGGUUGAUAAAUACACCAGAAUCAACAGUAUUCCUCGCGUUGGAAGUGAAACCAACUGGAUGGAUUGGGACCAUCACUGACCUCAAGUUCAAUAAUAUCACUUUGUCUUUUUAUUAUUAGGCACAAAGAGCUAGGCCCCACUUGAAUAGGGGGUUGCCAAGCUUCUAUUUCCUGGUUUCUUUUCUUUUUAACUCUACUGUAGAAUAUUAUUGAGAGAGAUCAAUAAACUUAUGUCUUGAAAUGUCAAUUACAGGGGGAAAAAA